CCGGGCGGGCGCGGGAAGGAGCCGCGGCUCGGCAGGUACGCGGGCCCGUUCUAGCCAAACGUGCUCGAGAACAGUCCUGGUCUUCCCCGCCGGCGCGGCAGCGGGGAGCGCCUUGGCGAUGAGCCCGCGACAUGGCCAAGCGUUGGUAAAUGAGCCGACCUGCACGGUGCUGGGAGCGCUCGGGGUUCCUCCUGCAGUACGCCUCGCUAGGGCUUGUAAAGGUUUUACACGGGAAUUUAGGCCAACUGUGCAAAAAAGGAAAGUCUCCUUCAUAUGAACACAGAAUUGUUUUCUGCUAGCUUUCCUCUCAGAUGCCUUGGAAUUGUUCUGUGAGUUUGCACGAGUCCUGACAUUCUUGAAAGAGAGUCUUAAUUGGCUGGACUUUUCCCUUUCUGCCUACGCUUCCCGCCAGCUCGUGGGCAAUGCCGUGCCUCGGCGCAUGCGCGCGGGGAGUGACAGCGCAGAGCACGUGGAGUGCUGGGGCUGCGGCGGCCGCCUUCGGAGGGAGCGGCUGCGGCUCGACAGCUGGAGGGGCCCUGGGCAAAGAGCUAGGGGGUACUGCUGCCACCCCUUUCAUAACAUUGCACUGAUGGAAUCAUGCCUCCAGUUGAAGAGCAUUUAAGUUUGCUGAAGGUACCUCAGAACUGACUUCUUAAUACAGCGAGCAUACGGGAUCAAAGAAAAAUGUUCUUCUGUUUUUCAAAUAGUUGAGUUUCUUGUUUGCAACAGCAUGGUUUACUGUGAAAAGUGAAAGAAGAAUCUUUCCGGACACUUUAAAUCUAGCUGGUAGGCAUAGCAAAAUGCUUUGUUUGAGGCAGGUUUGCUUGUUAACGAUGAGACAUUACCAAGCUCGGACUCUGUGUAGUGAUCUGCUUUUGAGCCAGAUAAGUGGCUGCACCCAUGAAGAUGAAGUGUUCAGCCUUGUCGGAAGGAACAAGGCCAGACUUUCUGAAAAGCAUGUGGGAGCUGCAUUGAACGUGCUGUGGCAAUUGCAAAAGGAGAGGCCCUUUCUCUUAAGGACUAGUGACUAUGUAAAAAAUCACUCCCAGUUCCUUACUCUUUGCAUUUUGGCAGAAAACAAGGUGGAACACAUGGAAGAUGAGGCGAUAGUGGACACCUUAUAUAGCAUCCUGAGGCUCGAUGUUGAAGACCACGUUUGUCUAGCAAAAGUGCUUGUUACAGAAGCAUGGAAAAGAUUAGAAAGGCUUAGUUUGCCUGCUCUGUCUAAAUUUGCUCUCUGCGUAUACAAGCAGCACAGGCACUUCAAUCCCAUACUUGGCCAAGUAGCUCAUAUUGUGGACACGAAACUGGAUUCUAUACAGGAUAUAAGGAUCUUGUCAGUUUUGAUGAUCUGCAUAUCUGAGGUUAUCACAGAGAGCUUUCGAGAUCGAUUACUACACAAGGCUGAACAGCUCUUAGAAGAAAAGGAUGAAUUCCACUUCAACUAUGCCAGAAGAAUACUACAAUUUCUCCAAAAUGUUAAACUGAAAUAUCAUCCAUUGCUAGCAAAAUGCAACAGGAUUUUCCUUGAAAGUGCCUCCCAUCUUGAUAUACAUAGUAUUAGUCAUAUUUUUGGACUGUAUGAGCAGCUGGGUUUUGACAAUGCUGAAUUCCGCUUGAUUGCUAAACAGCUGCUAUCUGAAGCUCUAGAUGAUUGUUAUGAUCCUGAAACAUUUGCAAAAUUAUUUUUUUCUCUUGGGCCUAUGGCAGGAUUCAAGGUUAGAGAAAGGUUGCUAGUAACUGCAGUACACAUGGCAGAGGAAUUUAGCAGUCACCAAGUAUUGAUGAUACUGAAGACUAUGCAGAAAAUGAAAUGCAGAAAUUCUCAUCUACUCAAAAAAAUGGCUUCUGUUCUGCACAAACACUUGGACAGCUAUCAUGUAUUACAGUUGGUAAAGUUAACACAGUACUUGGUGGUGUUGCAUUGCCAGGAUCUGGAGCUGUUUGCCAAACUAAAAAUGAUACUACUAGGUUGUUUAAAAUCUAGUGUGAUACCUGCUGAUACUGCAGCCAUAAUUCGUGUUCUGGCCAUGCUUCCUUCUUGUCAAGUGGAGGAAAUGGUUAUAAAUAAAGCAGCAGCAGUUUUGCCUCAAUGCAGACUCCAUCAUUUGAAUUGCAUUGCUACAGCUCUUGUCAAGUGGAAUCAUCAUGGCUUGUUGCACUGGCCAAACAGUUCUGAGCUAUGUGCCAAGCUUCUGCAAAAGCUAAAUGACUGUGGAUUUCAGAGGCUUCAGCAAGCCAACAGCUUAAAUCUUCUGUUGGAAGAACUUCCAUAUGUGAAUGGAGAGUGGUUUGAAGAAGCGCUGAAUGAGGAAACUCUGGCCAUGUGUCAACGCUUGAUAGAUCAAAUAACAUGGGCAAAUGUUUUACCCUUGUCUUCUUUUCUCAUAAAAUCAGACCACCGCUGCCCUGCGUUAUUUGACAGAAUAGCUUCUGUGACUGUUGAAAAUAUAGACAAGAUUCCCCCCUCUGAAAUGUAUUUUAUUCUCUUCCUUUUCUCUUCUUUGAAUUAUGACCCUCCUGACAAUGAAGAAUUUUUUGAGAGUUGUAUCCAACAUCUUACUUCUAACUUGAGUCACCUUGAAACUUAUCACUUGGUGCUGCUUGCUCAUGUUUUGGCAAUGGCUGGGUAUUUUCCUCCAGUUCUGAUAACGACGAUAUUUAAUGUUUCUUUCCUAAGCAAACUGGAUGCUCAACUCAAAGUCAUGCCUGAUACAGUGAAGCAGAGGGUCCACUCAAGCCUCAUGAAAUUGAACAGAUCAGUCUGCCUGGAAUGCCCAGAGUUUCACAUCCCUUGGUUUCAUGAGCCAUACUGCCAACGUGUCUUUCAUAACAGCAUGAGCCGAAUAAAUCCACAGCGACAGCAUAUUCACAGAAUGCUGACAGAGAUCUUAGGAGGGAGGCAUUACUCAAGAAUAUCUGUUCUCACACCGUACUACUAUGAAAUAGAUUUUGAGUGUGCCCUGGAUGUAAAUAAAAAGCCUCUUUCCUGUAUGGCUCAGAAUAUACCUUUGACUGGUGUAGGGGAAAUACACUUGAGACAUGUCAUCAAGGAUGAAGGGAGAAAAGCUCUGCCACCAGGAGCUCAAAGAAUUGCUUUGGAAUUUCUUGAUUCAAAAGCUUUUAGCAAAGAUUAUUCACGUCAUCUGAAAGGAGAACCUGCAGUGAAAAAGCGCCACCUGGAAAUGCUGGGGUACCGAGUAGUUCAGAUUCCUCACUUCGAAUGGAAUUCUAUGGCUCUAUCAACAAAAGGCGAACAGCUGGAAUACCUGAGACAGCAGCUGUAUGGAAUAGAGUGAUAUCAGACAUGCAGUCUAAAGUACAUCUAUAAAAACAGCUUAUGUACCAUCAAAAUCUCGUAAUCCUGGAAUACUUAUGUUUCCAAAAUCUCUUUAUCUGUAUCAGCUGGACCAAGGCUUGCCAAGGUCAUCAGAUGUAGAGAUUUAAUCCUUAAUUCAUUAGGGAUUGCAAAAGGCAGGUCACAGUGGGCUGUGAAGAUGUGAUUAAAGAUGCUUAAAAUUUCUCAUUAUCUGGAAGCUAUUACGAGCACAUGAAUCUGGCAGUUUUGCAAUCAAAUUACAUUAUUAUCUCCUAAAUAAAUAGCAUAGAGGCUUAGCCAGACAUAAAAAAAAAGAGUUGGAAAUACUAUUGACUAGGAGAGUGGAGUCAGAAAUCUACUGGAAACUAUGUCUGUCCUCCAGCAUGUGACAGAAUGAGCAGUUAGGAAUCAAACAGCAUCUGUACUCUGAAACCAAGAAACUGAAAUGCAGAUUUGCUAAGAAUAGGGCUGCUUUUAGAGCCAUUCAGUUUCCAUUCUCAGAACACAGGUACUGUGGGGGACUGUGCUGGAGGAGAGUGUUGCGUGGUGAGGAACCUCCAGCUGCUUCUCCUACCCUGUGAUCUGGUGUGUGCAGAAGAAUGGCUGAGCCUUCUGGAACACAUUCACAUAUUUGAAAACCCUGCCAGGGUUUGUGCAGGAGGCAUUAAGACACUGAGAUGUAGAAGGAAGAAGUGGAAUAGCCAGGAGAAUGUUCAUGAAUGUAGAGCAGUAACUGCAGGGGCCUUAUGCUUGGCAAAUCAUCUCCUUUCCAGAGGCAGCCACGUUGUUUCUACAGCUGCCAUCACCUUAGGGUGACUGCAGCUGUGUCUGUUUUCUCACAUGUGCAAUGAGAAUAUGUUUUCUUGCUUAUUUAGUAGAAGCAGAACAUGUUCUUUUACCAUUUCACUUGAAACCUGGCAGAGAUAAGAAACUGCAUAUCUGAAUUGGCCAUUAUGCACCUGGAUGUCACUUUUUUUUUUUUAACUCUUCAGCAGCAGAAGAAAAAAAAAUUAUUAACUGAAUACAAAUCAGGACAGGAAUGGAAAGUCAAGAAAAACCAAGAGAAUUGAUCAAAGCUGUAAGGUACUUUCCUCCUGAGGCAGCCCUCAUGGUUGUGGGUUGACUGACAGAACUAGUAGAUGGUACUCUAGACACUCAGGGUUAUCAAAUGGCCCAGGGCUCCAAAGUGUAAUGAGGGCUUUGAGGAAAUGUCAUUGAAGGCACAGCACAUAGAAAGAUUCUACGUGCAUUGUAUUUUGUAUAAAAUGGAGAAGACAAUCAUAAUACAAGUUGGUAUUUCAGAAGGUGUCAAAGAGGUCUCACAUGACUGUUUCUGUACAGACAGCUUCCAGUAGCAGCCUCAGAGUGUAAGAAAGGUGGCAGUGGCUGAAGUUGUCAGUCAGGGAGGUUGUGUUUGAGCUGAACCCUGCUGUUCAGGGUUCUAGCAGUCACUGUACCAAGCCAGUUUUCUUCGAAUUAGGUAUGGAUAAAGUUAUGAGAAUGCACAAUGGGAAGAGGAUUAAAACUUGUUAUCAGUGGUCCAGAAAGGGCAUUGAAGAAAAAAAAAAAAAAUCAAUUCAGUCUAGUGUGUUUUCCUUCAUUCUUUGCACUCAUUCUUUCUAUAUUAAAUCAGCAAGUGUUAGAGCAGAUGGGUGGUGUAACCAGUGUUCUAACUGGAGCCAAUAAAAAGGUGGUAAGCACAGCUGCAGAUUUGGGUACUAAAGGGAAAAUGCCCCACAGAUUAAUUACUAGUGGACAGUAACAAAUCGAAGUGAACUAUGAUGGCUGUGCUUCUGCAUGUAUUUACUUCUGUCCCACAGGAAGGCAAUGCAAAGGGUCAUUUGAUAGUUGGCAUUGCUAUUCAUCAGGUGUGGUGGCCUUCUUUUCCAGUUUUCCUGCUACAUCAGUUGUAAUUAGAUUUAAAUUUAUGAAAUUCUUUAGCGUGAUGACACCCUCUUUAUGCAAGGGAGAAAUCCUUUGAAGAGGUACUCUACAAAAAAUUGUAAGCAUGCUCUGAAGAAAACGGAGUGCUCUGUUUUGGGCUGUACUAAGAGAUCCGUGUCCUGUCAAUAUGAUAGUGAUGAUGAGCUAAUCACUAAAAAAAGAAAGAU